AUGGUUCUCUUUGAAUCCUCGGAAGGCUGUGUAACUCACACCGGAGAAGUUCCCGUGUGCGCCAAUGGCAGGAAAUGUUCAUCUGGAGUUGUUGCAGAUGAUGGGUCAACAAUUUUGACGGAAGGAGAUUCAGUCACUCUAAACACUGGUGUUAAAAUAAACCAACAAGAUGUUGUCUUAUGGUAUUUUAAUAACUCUCGCAUUGCUGCAAUCGCUGGAGAUCUGAGUUUUAUCUGUACUGAUGUUCAGUGUAAGAAUGACACCGAGAGAUUCAGAAACAGACUGAAGCUGGAUCAUCAGACUGGAUCUCUGACCAUCAUGAACAUCACAAACACAGACUCUGGAGGUUAUAUGCUACGGAUCAGCAGCGGCAGCAGCAAUACAUCGAUUUUGGUUUGUGUUUCAGAUGUUCCUGCUGCUCGACGAGAUGAAAUGAAAACCAAGUCUGUAGUGGAGGGAGAACCUGUCACUUUACAUCCUGGUGUAACAAAAACCCCAAAUGUUGUGAUGACGUGGUAUUGUAAUGAGACUCUCAUCGCCGAAAUCACUGGAGAUCAGAGUAAGAUCUGUUCAGAUGUUCAGUGUAAAGAGAGAUUCAGAGACAGACUGAAGCUGGAUCAUCAGACUGGAUCUCUGACCAUCACAAACACCAGAACCACAGACUCUGGAGAAUAUAAACUACAGAUCAGGAGCAGCAGAUUCGCCAACAUCCGUAUCACCAGUUUGAAGAGCUUCAGCACUUCUAUCACUGCCCCGAGCUCGCCUCGCUCAACACCAAGACCGUCCCACCCAAGACUGGGCUCUCCUCGACCGCUGGAUCGCAGAGGCAGCAGGCAUUCAACCAACCUGGGCCACAUCCCAGUUCUCACCGCAGCAAGCCUCUCUCACUUCCUGGCCAGGGCGCAGUUUGAGGCUGCGUCCACUAGCGGCGCAGACCGCAAGUCGUAA